UCAUUUUGAUCAGCCGACGGUAUCAAUUCCAUCGAUCACUAGCUUUAGUACUGCUAUUUUGAUCAUGUAGAAUUAGAAACUGAAGAUGGUGAGGAUAAUUAGCAGGUAUUGUAUUGCUAAAUUAGACACGGCAAUGAAUCUGUACGUAAUGUACGAAAACGAAAGGAGCCACAUUGAAUAAACAUCAGUAUAUAGUGCACUAAAUGCAUAUUUGCGAAUCUCCAUCAUCUCCACUUUUUUGUCCUGAUGAAGCCUCUGUGACAGAAGAAAAGUAGUCAACAGAAUGGAAUGAAUACCUGCUUAUUGGCAACAUGUGCUAUAUAUGCUGAAGAUACAUCCAUGAAACUUUGACGAAAGUUUGAAUUCAGUCAUCAGUAAUCAUGGAAAGGUUACAGUGCAAGGUUUCUGAUAUUCAUAAAAAAAUACCAAGCAACCUGAAGAUAUUGAAACUAAAAGAACUGAAGCUGGAUACAGACCCAAGCAGGUGUUACAUACAGGGAAAAGUAAAGGAGCGAUCGCAAUUACAGAAAAACAAAUGGUUUGAUUACUUGAGAAUUUGUCUUCAAGAUGGUGAAGAUGAUUCCUUAAACCAAAUCAAGAUUUUUGUGACUGGCUCCAUUGCUAAGGAGAUGAAUGCAAUACAGAGAGAUUUCACCCUGGUACUGAGUGGGUUUACGAUAGAGGAGAAUUCUCGUAUUCAGCCCCCCUCACAUCCUUGUCAGCUUGUGGUGGAUGAACAGAUGAGUGGUGCUAAGAUUUGGUACAUAGAGCCAGAAACAGAGAUCAUCGAUUCUCAGGAACCGUCCACUUCUGUAGCUGUGAACAGUCACAGGUCUAAAAACAAUACAACAGAUGGACAGACAUCAAGUGCAACUACGACUAAAAAGGCAUAUUCUCCAAAGAAGAUGUACAGCUAUUCCCAGCUCAGCUCCCUCAAACCUAACACAAUAGUUGAUGUUUAUGGAGUGGUAAAGUUCUUCAAGUGCCCGAGUAAGACAAGGGGAAGUGACUACAAUAUGCUGGUGACCUUGGUUGACCCCAGUCUGUGUGACUUGGGUACAGACAAGAAGCUUAAGUGUCUUUUGUUCCAUCGAGAGGAAGCCCAGCUACCUGCUGUAGAUGUAGGAGAUAUCAUUCGCUUCCAUAGACUUAAGGUGUCUAUGUACAAUGGAGAGCUACAGGGACAAAAUAGUCCUGGAUUUUCAUGGUUACGUGUCAGUGGAGUAGCAGGCGACCCGAUAGAACCAAAAGCUUCAUCCAAUAAGUACUCUUUCACUGAAAAAGACACAGAAAAGGUUGAGGAGUUGAGGUGCUGGCGAGAAGGAGAUGAAAAGGAGUGGAGUCAAGAGGAGAAAAACAGAAAGAAACAAAUUGAGGACAUAGUUCCAGGACUGUAUUUAGAUUUAUUAUGUCAGGUUAUCUCAGUACAAGUAGUAGAUGAUACUUGUGUGACAUUCAGAGUAUGGGACGGUACUAAAACCAUUUAUAUGAUAAGAGAAAUGGAAGCUGAACCUAACACCCAUGUCAGGAGCACUGAUUUACAACUGAAUGCCAGGGCAAAGGACCUAGCUGUGGAUGUGGCUCUGUAUGAUGAUCAUAGUGUCUCUGCAGUCAAAAUACAGCCGGGACAGUUCAUUAAGCUUUGCAAUCUUCACGCAGCCAUUUUGAAAACCACGUCAGCAAGGGACAACCUGUCUGCCCUGCCUAGUCUGGAAUUAGUAAUUCAUAGAGGCACCUCGUAUGGGCGAGGCCUAAAAGUCAUGGAUGUGGAGUCACCCGACGUUUUGACAUUGAUUGACACUUUGGAUAUAGUAGCUCCACCCAUUGGGGAUUUAGAUGAUCCUGAGGCAAUAGACCUUUUUGAGGGAUCAAUGAAAGAGCCAGGGAUAAGUAGUGAUGCCAUGGAGGAACAGAGUGUUCAGGAAAAUAUAGUAAAUAGUUCUACUCCACAUGACAUUAAUAGCAGAAAAAGGAUGGCAGUUGCAGAUGAUGAUCUACAAAGUGUCAGAAAACGGACAAGAUCAAGUUUUAAAGUAGGGAAUGCCACACAAAACUGUGACCAAUCUGAUAUUACGUCUGAUCAGUCGUCUUUGGAAUUAUCAUGUGACACACCUCAUAACCAGUCAACUCCUCUAGAAUGUGUGGACAGAUGUAUGCUACAGACAGAAACAGUUGUUCUGAACCAUCCACAUGUACAGGUGACCAGCAUUCAAGACAUUGAAUCACACUCUGUUCCAUACAAGUUCCGGAUUCUAGGCAGAAUUGAGGAUUAUUUCCCAUGUCCCAUCCAGACACCUGAAGACCUGGUGAGGCUCUACUGUUUACAGUGUCACUACCUUGUUUCUUUGCCAAAAGUAGCUGGUGGUAACAAUGAAGAACCAUCAUCAUCCACUAGUCAUGAUCCAGAGAUGGAAGUGAGCUAUAUCCAGGCAGGGAUACAGUACUACAAAUGUCCCACAUGUAGGACUGUUGACCUCAUAUACACCUUCAUGUUGAGGUUGUUGAUCCGGGACAACACAGGAUGGAUACAGGCAAAUCUUUGGAAAGAAGAAGCGGUUGUGUUUUUCAAAGACAUUGAUCCCAGAGAUGUGGUAUCCAGUAAGAAGAUUUUCCGUGAUAUCUGUGACCAAUUGGACAAGAUUUGUGUUCCUGUAAAUGGAGUGAAACCUUUAGUGGAGUGUGGGGUGAUGUCCUUCAGCAGUAGAAGAGGAACUGGUUAUAAUAUUUUUGACACAUGUGUUGCGUAGUGGCGUUUCUUUCAUGGAUAAUGGACCCAGAUUGAUUUCAGAUAUAAAAUUGGAUUUUGAUGGAAAAAAUUAGUUCAGGGUGUUCUAUUGGGAAAACAAAGUGGAUAUGAUAACCAUUGCCAGAUUUGUGUUACUUGUCAAAGAAGUCCUCUUUUUAUUUGUUUUUUAUUUCAUGAAAUCUGUUGUCAUUGGAACCAUAAUUGUUAUAAAAACAGUCAUGGCUAGACCUAAUAUUCUGGUAUGGCAUCAUCUGGUAUUCCAUACCUUAUUUCAUAAAUAUUUAACACAAAUGAUUAUCUAGACUGCAGCAUAAAUCAGUGUCCUGAUGGAUUGUACAUCCACCAAAAUUUCUUUUCUUCUAUAUUUUAACAAGUCAAGGCUUCAUAUACUGGAUUAUGGUCUUGCUGUCUUGUUACAGAGGAUGGGGGCCUUUUGUUUAAUUGUUAUGCCAAAGUUUAAUAAGAGCCUAACAUCCUUGUCAUACAAUGUACAUGUAUCCUUCCUUCACUCAGAAUUCUAUGUCAAUAUGUAAUUUGAAUUGUCUUUUGAUACCAAAACAAUUUGCUGUGAAUUAAAUUAAAAU